AUGGCUGCGCCAUUUCAUAGCCACGGACCCCAUAUCAAGGCCGUUGAGACUACAUCCAUGUUUGUUAGAGGACAAAACUGCCUGAUCAGCGUUCGGAAGUCGGCUUUGGGGUUCGUUCCGAACCCACCGGGGAUUUGCAGCCGCAGCAACGAAGCAGCGCUUAAUGACCCGCUUUGGUUCUUCCGGAGCGGCCCAUCCACAAGCUUUACCUGCUCUGGUGAUGGGAAACUGGACCCUAUGGGGGUAUUCGAGUCUUAG